AUGAAGGCUUCAACUGACAAAGUUUCACCUGCAGAGAAGAAGACUUCUUCUACUUCAAAGACUUCUGGUAGUACUGAUAAGAAAACUUCUAGCAGUACUGAGAAAAAGCCUUCAAGUAGUCCUGAAAAGAAACCUUCAAGUAGCACAGAAAAGAAGGCUAGUAGUACUGAAAAGAAAGAAGAAAAGAAAGCAACGUUAUCUCCAGAAGACGCUGAAAAACCAAAGCGAUCGACAAGCAAAACCAGAGACAAGUCAGCUACACGAGACAAGAGUGCCGCACGUGAUAAGAAAAAAGAAGAAGAAAAGAAACUUGAUGAUAAAAAGAAAGAAGAAAAGAAAUCAGACGACAAAAAGAAGGCUGAUGAUGAAAAAAAGAAAGCAGAAGCUGAUGAUAAGAAAAAGAAAGAAGCUGAAGCUAAAAAGAAGAAGGACGAAGAAGCAGCCAAGAAAAAGAAAGAAGAAGAAGCUAAAAAGAAGAAGGAAGCCGAAGCCAAGAAGAAAAAAGAAGAAGAAGAAAAGAAAAAGAAGGAAGAAGAAGCCAAAAAGAAGAAAGAAGCCGAAGAAAAGAAGAAAAAAGAUGAAGAAGUUGAUGACGAAGAAGAAUAUGAAGACGAAGAAUGGCAGGAUGAAGACGAAGAUGAUGAAGUGGCUGCAGCAAUGCGUGCUAUUGCUGAAAAACGAGCUAAAGAACGUGAGGCUAUGGCAAAGUUGUUGGGGAAGUUUUAA